AACCAUACAUUUCCUCACAACUAAAGGGUGGCAACUACCUGGCAACUCACGCCGUCUCUCUCUAUUAUUUUUAAUUUCGAUUUUUCUCUGUCUCUUCAAAAAUAAAAAUGAUAGCCGUUUCGUUUUUUCCUCAGUUUACUUCCAAAUUCUUUUAUGCUUUUUCCUCAUUUGCAAAUACCGUCACCCUCUGAAACUACUAUUUGCUGUCAAAUUCUUCCAAAACCCUAGCAAAACUACUCAUGUUCUUCGCUACCAAACAAAAUUCUGAUCCACUAUAUACGUUAAUUCUUUCGAGUUUCUGGUAGCCGUGGCCUAAUGAACGACUUUCGCUCUUCAUCGUCGUCGUCUUCCUCCUCCUAUGACUCCGCCGUCGGACCACCGCAAACGAAUGUCAUGGGGAGUCGUUCAUCUUCUCAAGGAAUCUCCCACAUGGUGUCUCGUAGCUGGCGGGAUGUGUUCUGGUUGGUAAUAUUUAUAGCGCAUUUGGUUGUGGUAGGUUUUGCUCUCGGGGUUUUUGGGCUAAAUAGGUUUAAGCAAUUGGAUAGGCUAAAUAUUGAUAAAUAUACAAUGGGAUUUCUUGAGAAUAAGGAUGGUUUAACUGAAGACUACUGGCCAUUGUACGCUGUUGCUGGUGGAGUUGGGGCAGUUUUGGGGUGGACUUGGUUGUUGUUGCUCGGUUCACGUGCUACUCAAAUGAUGAAGUUCUCGGUGCACAUUUUGACUACAUAUCUUGCUGUCAUCAGUGUGCUGUGUUUCUGGAUCAAGCAGUUCUUCUGGGGUGUUUCAUUUGCUAUUGGUGCUGCGUUGCAAUUCUUGUAUGUUAUCUCUGUUAUUGACAGGCUUCCAUUUACCAUGCUGGUACUACAAAGAGCAGUACAAAUGGUUUGGGACCUUCCUGAGGUCACAAGAGUAGCUAGCCUUUUCAUGCUCGUAAUGCUUUUGUGGCUGGCCCUGUGGUCUUUUGGUGCAGCUGGGGUUGUUGCUUUAGGAAUUGGUGAUGGUGGUCUCUGGUGGCUUCUUGUGGUGCUGUCAGUGAGUUUGUUUUGGACUGGUGCAGUUCUCUGUAAUGUUGUCCAUGUUGUUGUUUCGGGUAUGGUUUUUCUUGUUCUUAUCCAUGGCGGUCGAGAAGCAACAUCGAUGCCUCCCAAACUAGUGAUGAGUUCAUUGCAACAUGCUGUCACUACUUCUUUUGGCAGUAUAUGCUAUGGAUCACUUUUUACUGCUGCUAUUCGAACCCUGCGGUGGGAGAUCAGAGGAUUGCGGUCAAAGAUUGGCAGCAAUGAGUGUCUGCUCUGCUGUGUUGAUUUUCUGUUCCACUUAGUAGAGUUUUUGGUUCGCUGGUUCAAUAAGUAUGCUUAUGUCCAGAUUGGUAUUUACGGAAAAAGUUUUAAUCACUCCGCAAAAGAUGCCUGGGAGUUGUUCCAGUCAACCGGUGUGGAAGCACUUAUAGCAUACGAUUGUUCGGGAGCUGUUUUGUUCAUGGGCACAGUGUUGGGCGGGCUGAUAUCAGGAACCUGUGCAGCAAUCUGGACUAGGAUCAAGCAUCCUGAGAGAGUAGUUAUGGUGGGCUCUACUGCCAUGUUGAUGGGGAUGAUCUUGGUUGGACUGGCGAUGGUAGUCGUGGAGAGCGCCGUUACAUCUAUUUAUAUCUGUUAUGCAGAAGAUCCUUCUUUGAUAAGCAGGUGGGAUGCGGCAUUCUUCGCCCAGAUAUCAGAAAAACUACACCAACGCCUGCAGCACAGAAGUGCUCGGGCCAGACAGGUAUUAGCAAAUAGAGUAGAUGACCAAAUACAAGAAGCAGUUCUUGCUUGACUAGAAAAAUUAAAUUUUUUUAAUAUGGCUUCAUGUAACUGAUUACUGCACUUGUAUAAAAUGUCUCACUUCAUUUCA